AUGCCUACCUCCAAAGCAAUCUACCUCGAGGAAACUGGGGAAUUGACCGUUCACGAGAUCACGGAAACCUAUACCCCGACGGAUGAGCAGUCUCACAUUUCAGUGAAAUACUCGGCCAUCAAUCCAGCGGACCUACGGCAUUAUUAUAUGGGAUGCCAUUCAUAUGUCGCCGGAAUGGAGUACAUUGGUCCAGUUGUGGCCACGGGUCCCAACUCACCAUUCGAAGUCGGCGAUGUUCUAUUUGGCGUUGCACAGUUCGGCCACAGACGCCCCUUGCACGCAGGUGCACAUCAGGACUUUUUGCUAGCCGAGCCAUUCAUGACGUACAAGGUCCCUCCCCAUAUACAAGCAGACGAGAGUGAGUGGCCUCAGGCUGUGGGGUGGUUGGUAGGCCUGAGAACUGCCCUCGAUGCCCUUUUCAACUGCAUGGACUUUGGACUGCCCGGACUUGGAGACCAGGUCCAAGAUCCUGGAAACUGGGUGUUGCAUGGUGUCGAUCCGAGAGGAAAGUCUCUAUUGAUUUGGGGAGCCUCGAGCUCUGUUGGACUCGCCGCACUUCAACUCGCCCGCACCGCCGGCUUCUCGCCAAUCUUUGCAACAGCGUCGCCCCAUAACCACGCCGCCCUCACCGAGCUGGGCGCCACGGCCUGCUUUGACUACCGCUCGCCCACGGUCGUUUCCGAGAUCCAGGCCGCGGCGCUGGCGUCGGGGAAACCCCUGGCCGCCAUCUUUGACGCCGUGACGGCGGGGACCGGCUUUGCCGCACCGCCGCCCUCGUCGACCGCGCCGCCGCCGGAUCUCAGCAAGUCCAGUCCCGCCAUCGCCAAGCAGUGUCUGAGCCCCGGGUCUGCGGCGGCCAAAAACGACGCCAAGUUGUGCGCCAGUCUCGGCGUCGGGUUUGAUCCCGACUGGGCUUUUUGUCUGGCGGCUCGCGAUCAAAAGGAAACGCCCUUGUUUCACCAGAGGCUCGAGACGGGCAUGACGUGGGUGUUGGACCAUGUGCGCGAGAUACAGUUUACGGUACCCCAGGUGCGGAUCAUCAAGGGCGCCGAGGAGGGCUGCCGCAUGAUCAAGGAGGUUUUUCAAGGCAAGAUCAGUAUGGAGAAGGUUGUUAUUCAACAUCCCAUGUGA